UGUGGAGUGGGAAGUGUUGAAAUAAGGCGUUAUAUUCAUGGAUGUCAUGAUGUCUUAGACUGCCAGUUCUUGGAAGAAGAUAUUUCCAUUUCAUGUCGUUAAAAUGAUGACAGGCGAGCUGGAUUUCAGUGUGUUUGGGGACGAGGAAGACGAUGUUGAUGACUGGGACCUCCCCCUAGCUUUCACGAGCCCUCGUCACACUGAGAAAAUACAGGGCCCAAAGACUGUCACCCAGACAUGGCGCAUGAAAGAAAGGAUGAAGACUGUGAGUGUGGCUCUUGUCUUGUGUCUCAAUGUGGGUGUGGACCCUCCAGACAUUGUCAAAACUACGCCUUGUGCUCGCUUAGAGUGCUGGUUAGAUCCAUUGUCUAUGAGCCCCCAUAAAGCUCUUGAGGGGGUGGGGGCCAAUCUUCAGAAGCAGUAUGAACGCUGGCAACCCAGAGCUCGCUACAAGCAGAGCUUGGAUCCCACAGUGGAUGAAGUCAAGAAACUUUGCUCUUCUCUCAGACGGAAUGCCAAGGAAGAGAGGGUCCUGUUUCACUACAAUGGACAUGGUGUCCCAAGACCCACAGUCAAUGGAGAGAUCUGGGUGUUCAAUAAGAGUUACACUCAGUACAUCCCACUGUCCAUAUAUGACCUUCAGAGCUGGAUGGGAAGUCCCUCUAUCUAUGUGUAUGACUGCUCUAAUGCUGGAGUCAUUGUGGAAUCCUUCAAACAGUUUUCUCAGCAGAGGGAACAGGAAAUAGAGUCUGUCACUCAAAAUGGUGGACAGAAAAGCCCAUCCCAAUUCUCUACCAAACACUGCAUACAGCUAGCUGCCUGUGGAACCAAUGAACUGCUGCCCAUGAAUCCGGAACUACCUGCAGAUCUCUUCACCUCCUGUCUCACUACACCGAUAAAAAUAGCUCUCAAAUGGUAUGUGUUGCAGAAUACAGACAAGUUAGUACCUGGAUUAACUCUAGAUAUGGUGGACAAGGUUCCGGGCCAGUUGAAUGAUAGACGCACAAUGCUAGGAGAACUGAACUGGAUCUUCACGGCCAUCACUGAUACUGUGGCCUGGAACACUCUGCCUAGAGCGGUUCAGCGGCUCUUUCGUCAGGAUCUACUGGUGGCUAGUUUAUUCCGUAACUUCCUCCUGGCCGAGAGGAUUAUGAGGUCGUACAACUGUACCCCUGUAUCUAGUCCUAACUUGCCCUCCACGUACCAGCAUCCUAUGUGGAAUGCUUGGGACUUAGCACUGGAUCAAUGCCUCUCCCAGCUGCCCCACCUGUUAGAGAGUGAGGACACCUCUUUCAAACACAGCCCAUUCUUUGCAGAGCAGCUGACUGCCUUCCAGGUGUGGCUAUCGUACGGCUCCGAGUCCAGGUCUCCACCAGAGCAGUUACCCAUUGUACUUCAGGUGUUGUUAAGCCAGGUGCACAGACUGCGGGCGCUGGAUUUGCUGGGCAGGUUCCUGGAUCUAGGGCCCUGGGCUGUCAGUUUGGCACUGUCAGUGGGGAUUUUUCCAUAUGUACUGAAGCUGUUACAAAGCUCAGCACGAGAGUUACGCCCCUUGUUGGUAUUCAUUUGGGCCAAAAUCUUGGCCGUAGAUAGUUCAUGCCAGGCAGAUUUGGUGAAGGACAAUGGUCACAAGUACUUCCUGUCUGUGUUAGCUGACCCCUACAUGCCUGCUGAGCACCGGACCAUGGCAGCAUUUGUUCUGGCUAUGAUUGUCAAUGAGUAUCAGCAGGGGCAGGAGGCAGCACUGCAGGGUAAUCUGAUCUCUAUAUGUCUGGAACAGUUGACGGACUCGCACUCUCAACUCCGCCAGUGGCUGGCUAUCUGUCUAGGCAAGGUGUGGACCCAGUUUGACCCUGCCCGGUGGUGUGGGGUGAGAGACAGUGCUCACGAGAAACUCCACAAGAUGUUGUCUGACCCUAUCCCUGAGGUUAGAGCAGCUGCAGUUUUCGCCCUGGGGACUUUUAUCUCUAACUGUACCCAGCGUAGCGACCACGCUAACAACAUUGACCUUGGGGUUGGGAUGAAGCUGAUAGGUGUCCUGCAGGAUGGAAGCCCCUUAGUCAGGAAGGAGCUGGCUGUGGCUUUCUCAGGGCUGGUUGUCCAGUUUGAGAGUCAGUUUGCUGCCAUUGCCCAUCAGUUCAUCGAGGAAGAGAGGACAAAGGAGACGAACAGUGCAAUGGUGGCCGCGGUGCCGGGUGGGUGGAAUCUAGUGACAUCUGGUGGCAGCUCUGAUGGCCUCUUGCACUCAGGGAGCCUUACCAUCAAACGCACUUCCUCCAAAACCAGCCUUAAGGGCUUUUUUACGUCCCCAGCUCAAACUGUCAACAUCAUGCCCGUGCCACCUAUCAUGACCUAUAGCUCCAGUGGAAGUUUUGAGAGCUCUGGCAGUGUGGAUGUGCCUUCCACAGGCAGCGGUAUGCGGAGGGUCUCCUCCAGCUCUUCCAUCGCAGGAACGACGGCUGUCAGCCUGAACAACGUGUACGCCAAUGUGUGGAAGGCCCUGAUCCAACUGACCCUUGACCCUAGUCCAGACGUAGCAGAACUCUCCAAGGACCUGGUGAAUGGCAUCAAGCUAAAGGCGAUGGUCAGUGCUCGACCAAAACAAGUGUUACAGAACUCAUCAAGCUCUCACUCUGCUCCCUCUAGUCCCUCCACUCGACCGAGUCAUCUACCUGAGAGUCCUCCACAUAAUGGUCCUCCUAACAUUGUGGACACUGGUGGUGCCCCCACACUACAUUCUCCCACCAGGGGAGGUAACCCAGCUGUCCCAUACUCCACACAGUUUUCUCGCUCUCGGAAGAUCUUUGAUAAGGGUCCUAACUUGGUUAAUGUAACAAUUGAUGAACAUGAGGAGGAGAACGCCGAGCCUAAGUGGGUCAAGGCCAUCACAACAGAUUUCUUCCAGUGGUGUUGUCGCCAGUUUGCGCGCCCGGUGAAAUGUGUCAAGUCCGAGAAGGAUCCGGAGAGCGUGUUUCACCAGCAAAGGCAGUUUAGGUUCAUGAGAAAUCGGGGGCUGAGGGCUGAGGGCAGGGAGGAGCAACGCAGGGCAGGUUUUAACCGACUGGAUGAUCAGAUCUUCGUCAAUCGUAAUCCGGGUGUACCCUGUGCAAUCAAGUUCCAUGGUUACGAGCCUCACCUGGCUGUAGCUGAUCGGGAAGGGGUCAGUAUCUGGGACUGGGAAUCAGGCACCAAGCUGAGCUAUCUGCAGAAUGACAACCCGAAACACUCCAAGAUCACCUGCAUGGAGUACAUGAAUGCUCAUGACAUCCCGCUCCUCAUGUGUGGCUCAGAUGAUGGCACUGUUCGAGUGUGGAGGAAUUUUGUCCGAGAUUCUGGUGAGGCUAAGGAGCUGGUCACGUCAUUCCAGGCUCUGUCAGACAUGUUACCUCUGUCAAGAGGUGCCGGCAUGGUGGCUGAUUGGGAGCAGGGCUCCGGCAUUCUCCUUACUUCUGGGGAUGUUCGUAUCGUCCGGGUGUGGGACACAAGCAAAGAGAUGAAGGUCCAGGACAUCCCGACUGGUGCGGACAGCUGUGUGAGCAGCCUGGCAUGUGACUCUCUGGGCAGGUCCCUCCUCAUAGCAGGCUGUGGGGAUGGAACUGUCCGCCUGUUUGACCGUAGAAUGGCACCAGCAGAAUGUCGUGUGAUGACCAUGAGGGAGCACAAUGGCUGGGUUGUGAAGACAUAUCUACAGAGAGGAACUGAGGGCAAGAUCAUUAGCGCAAGUGUGUCUGGAGAUGUAAGGUUCUGGGACCCCAGGUUUACAGAAUCCAUCAAAACUAUCACCUUCCAGCAGGGUAUGACAUCUCUGGAGAUUCACCCUUAUGCUGAUGUCCUUGCCUGUGGCUCAGUGAACCAGUACAUCACCGUUUUUAAUCAGUCGGGGGAUACACUAAGCACAAUGAAAUACCACGAAGGUUUUAUGGGUCAGAGGAUUGGACCAAUCAGCUGCAUGGCUUUCCACCCACAUCGGGUCAAGCUGGGGGCAGCCAGCACAGACUCAUUCAUAUCUGUGUACUCAACCCCGGAUACCAAGAAGAGAUGAUGCACCGAACACCUUAGCCACUCUUCCUGAUCCCCUCCUCACAAGUUACCUACCACACCUACACCUU